ACUGUCCCGUGACCAGCACAUAACAAAUAGCAAGUAACUAGAUGAGUGUGCAAGUAGGUCAAUGUUCAUUGUAAUUGGGAGAAUACACAUGUAGAUUUGAAUGAAAACUGGUCAGAUUGCGGCAUUAUAAUUUCUACCUUUUAUGAGCUAUUGGAGAAUUUAUCUGUAGCCUAUGCUAACUAUAGCCAGUAGUUUUCUAAUCUAGUUAGAUCAACUAACAAAGCACAGUUGUGUAUGCUUUUAUAUUACUUUGCGAUAACUUGCAGAGAUCGUUCAGCUGUAAACUGAAAUAACGGAGCAGUGGGCUACAGUAGGCAGCCAGAUGCAGACGGUGAGUGUUUAACAACCGGAAGUGCGCGCGCUUAUUCCCACUGACGGAGAAUAGGGUUACAAAAAAGGACGUCUAGACCAUCUAAAUAUACAAUAGGCUUCUCCCGAAGGCCAUGUCUAAUGAACACGCACCCCUCCUUGCCCAUGGGGUGUGUGGUCUGUCUGUAGACACAGCAGUAUGUGGCAUGGGGGGGUCAGAGGGCACUGGGGAGGCCAGCACUCCUAAUGCUGUACCCCGAAAACUCAACACAUUCUUCGGGGUGAUAGUGCCCACCGUCCUCUCCAUGUUCAGCAUAGUCCUCUUCCUCAGAACUGGGUUUGUGGUUGGUCAUGCGGGGCUCUUGCAGGGUCUUGUGAUGCUGCUUGUAGCCUACAUCAUUAUCUCCCUCACCAUCUUGUCCAUCUGUGCUAUUUCCACCAAUGGUGCUGUGCAGGGAGGCGGGGCCUAUUUCAUGAUCAGUCGAUCGUUGGGCCCAGAGUUUGGAGGAAGCAUUGGCCUCAUGUUCUUCCUUGCCAAGGUGUGCGCGUGUGGAGUGUAUGUGCUUGGUCUGGUAGAGGCCAUACUUGACAUAUUUGGUCAGGAUCCAGCGUCCUCCUCUGCAUUGCGGGUGCUUCCCCAGGGAUACUGGUACACAGUGCUGUACUCUUCCAUAGUUCUCCUGCUGGUUCUGUUGGUGUGCCUAGUGGGCGCCCACAUCUUCGCCCGCACCUCCUUUCUCAUCCUGCUGGUGGUGACCAUCUCCUUGCUGUCCAUCUACAUCAGCCCCCUGGCGCUGACCACGCCCCUAAACUUCCUCAUCUCCCACCAGGGCCCUGGCAACCAUACCCUCACCUACAAUGCCAGCUACACAGGCUUCAACGGCACAACACUGAGGGACAACCUGGGCUCGAGCUACACUGUGGACUAUAGCACCGGUAAAGUAAUGUCAUUCGCUUCCGUGUUCGCUGUCAUGUUCACCAGCUGUACCGGAAUCAUGGCCGGAGCCAACAUGUCAGGAGAGCUGAAGAACCCCAGUGCUGCCAUUCCCAAAGGCACCAUUAUUGCAGUCCUCUACACCUGCAUAGUCUAUGUCCUGCUCUUCAUCCUGGCCAGCUCCACAUGUGAAAGGACCCUGUUGGUUCAGGAUUACGGGUUCUUCCAGCGUAUAAACAUCUGGCCGCCAUUUGUAACCAUUGGGAUCUACUGUUCCGCCCUAUCAGCAGCCAUGUGCUCUCUGAUUGGGGCAUCCCGGAUCCUCCAUGCCCUUGCACUGGACCAGCUGUUUGGUUUUCCAUUGGCUCCUGCUGCUAUCACUUCCAGCUCUGGUAACCCAUGGGUGGCAGUGCUGUACACCUGGGGGUUGGCACAGUGUGUGGUGUUUGCAGGCCAACUUAAUGCAAUAGCUGGCCUUGUGACAGUGUUCUACCUCCUGGCCUAUGCUGCUGUCGACUUGGCCUGUCUGGCUCUGGAAUGGGCAUCGGCCCCCAACUUCAGGCCCACCUUCCAGGUGUUCUCCUGGCACACAUGUCUGCUGGGCAUUCUGAGCUGUCUGGUGAUGAUGUUUGUGAUUAAUCCUGUCUACUCUUCAGCCAGCAUCAUCCUCCUCUUGCUGCUGUUGCUAUUCCUGCACUACAGAUCACCCACCAGCAGCUGGGGAUACAUCAGCCAGGCUCUCAUCUUCCAUCAGGUGCGUAAGUAUCUGCUGAUGCUGGACGUGAGGAAGGACCAUGUGAAGUUCUGGAGGCCCCAGGUGUUGUUGAUGGUGGCCAACCCUCGCUCCUCCUGCCAGCUCAUCAACUUUGUCAAUCAGCUGAAGAAGGGCGGCCUGUUUGUGCUGGGACACGUGAAGCUGGGAGAUCUGGACACCCUGCCCUCUGACCCUGUCCAGCAGCAGUAUAACUUCUGGUUGAGUCUGGUGGAUAAGCUGGGGGUGAAGGCCUUUGUGGACCUGACUCUGUCCUCCUCUGUGAGGCAGGGCACACAGCAUCUGCUGCGCAUCACUGGCCUGGGCGGCAUGAAGCCCAACACUCUGGUCUUGGGGUUCUACGACAGUUGCACCCCUGAGGACUACUUCCUCCAAGACCCUGCCUUCUAUGAGUCAGAAGAGGCCGGAGGGGAUGAUUUUGGUGUAGAUCUGCCCUCCCUGCAAGCCCACUUCCCUCCAGUCCGCCAUGUGGAGAGCCCACGCUGGCUCACGCCAGAGGAGUAUGUGGGAAUCAUCUCGGAUGCCAUCAAGAUGAGUAAGAACGUGUGUCUGGGCCGCUACUUCUUCCAGCUGCAGGGGGAGAGCAUGGGGACCAAGAUGGACGGGGCUGAGAGGAUCAUCGACGUGUGGCCCCUCAACCUGCUGCGUCCGGGCAGCACCUCAGCAGCCUCUGUUGACGUGUGCAGCCUUUUCCUGCUGCAGAUGGCGUGUGUCCUCAACAUGGCCAGCAGAUGGCGCCAUGCCAGAAUGAGAAUAUUUCUGUGUGUGGAGGCAGAGUCAAGCGACCAGAGCUGGGUGGUUAAAGAGGAGACCUUCCGGGAGCUGUUGAGGAAGCUGAGGAUCAGGGCCUCCAUCAAGAUAGUGCCUUGGGACUCUGUGGUGCAGCUGUACGGACAGAAACAGACACAGGACACAGAGCUGGGGGAGCUGGGCCUGACAAGGCCGGCCCCAGCCCUCUCAGAGGACUUCCUGUCUGCAGUCAACUGCCUGCUGAUGGAGCACAGUGCUCAGGCUGCUGUCCGCUUCCUGUAUUUACCACGCCCCCCUACUCACUCUGGCCAAUCACAACAAUACCUUAGUCAGUUGGAAGCUGUGACUCACGGUUUAGGCCCAACCCUCUUGAUUCAUGGUCUCACCCCAGUCACGUGCACUGAGCUUUGAGUGUGUCACUGUGUGUUUAUGGGAUCAAUAUGUCAUGUAGCUAACUCAAUCCUGAACAUAAUAGAAAGGGCAGUCUGUUGAAUGCUUAACAUAUGAGGUACAUGAUGUAUGUGUUAGUUAGACAAUAAACACAUAGGCAUGCUACACAACAGGACCUAUUAGCAUAGCUCUGUUCUGUAGGCACAUAGUUUCACAUCUUGUAAUGUAACUCAUUUACACAUCUACUAAUUUCAUUAAUGAAUACAUUCGGCACCUAGUCAGUCACAGUAAAAAAAUCCUUCUUUAAGCUGUCUCCUCCCUUUCAUCUACACGGAUUUAAAUGGAUUUAACAAGUGACCUCUAUAAGGAAUCAUAGCUUUCACCUGGAUUCACCUGGUUAGUCUGACAUGGUUUGUACACUGUGUAUAUUUAUUUGUUCAUACUGUAAUUUAAUGGAGUAGAAGAAGAGUUGAGUUCCAACUCUGGAUUCUGAAAUGGAGGAAAGGCUACAUAUGUUUACUCGCUAUGAAAACUAGAAUUUUGUGUUCAUUUAUUUGAUGUUGAACACAUUCUCUUUCCAUUGACCCCUUUUCCCAGCAUAUUCCUCUUCAGAUUGUGACCCAGUUUGGGAGAGCUCACGACUGUCUGGACCACAUGAGCUCUUAGGAGUUUAGGUCAUUCAUUAAUUGGUCAUGCUUGAAAUGCUACUUUUCUGGACUAUUAUCUGGUCCAUGAUGGAACAUGAGUUCAAAGUUCCUGACCCUGCUCCUAACUAGAUGAGUCCCUAAUGCUUGACAAUAUUAUGUAAUGUUACACAACCACCAAUGCACUAACAGGCAGAUUAAAUAUCAAUUGCUAAUUUA